AUGGCUCUUCUCAAGAAGCUCAUCGCAGUCUUACCUCUCACAUCUGUUGUCUCUGCGCAGUCAAACAAGGUCUGGGCUGCUGUCGCAUUCGUCAACCAUGGCGAAAUCACUCCAGAAACUCAACUACGUACUGUCCUCACUCCCGAGGGCGCGCAGCAAUUAUGGCGACAAGGGACUGCGUUCCGUGCUCGCUAUAUUCCAAAUGGUGUGAAUGAUUCAGACUAUGAGAACAUACAGACAGCAUAUCUUCAGGAUCUUAAACCUGAUGUGAUUGACAACCAAGAGCUUGAAAUCAUCUCGCAAACAGAUGAAUGGGUAUCUGGCAGUGCUUUGGCUUUCAUGCAAGGCUUUUAUCCACCCGCGCCCAACGCCUUUGACGACAAUACCGGAGGUGAAGAAAUAGCCGUGAAUUUGGAAUCCAGUGACAACAAGACAGAAUAUCCUCUCAACGGAUAUCAGUAUCCCAAUGUUCGCAUUCCAAGUAUCAAUGACCCAGAAUAUACAUCCGUACAAGGUACCUCGAGAUGUCCAGCCUGGUAUGCAGAAAUAUCAGCAAACCUGACAGAGCACGAAUCCCUCGACAACAUUUACGAAUCAAGCCAGAACUUCUACCAAGACCUCUUCUCUACUCCGCCGCUCAAGGGUACAUUCGACAUGAAGUCAGUCAACCUCAAGAACGCCUACAAUCUUUGGCAAUUUGUCGAUUAUCAAUAUCGUCACAACGAAACUGUUCACGAGGAGCUAGGCAACGCAAAUGGGACAUUGACUCUUCUGAACUAUUACGCUACUAAAGUAGAGCGCGCAGCGAAUAGUUACUCUGACAGGCCUGACGAUGACAGCCCACUAGGUGUCCUCUAUUCCAUCGCCGGACGCACCUUGGCGUACAAAAUCAUGUCACAGUUCAGGAACAACAUCCGCUGGGGAAGUAGCUACAACAAACUCACAUUCAUGUUCGGCUCAAUCGAGCCCAUAGUCAGCUUCAUCUCUCUCUCGGGUCUUCUCACGAAAGACAAUGAAGAACAGCAACCAUGGUCAUCUCUCCCCGAGCCCGGUGCAGCACUUAUCUUCGAGUUAUUCGGUGAUGAUACGGACUCCCCUGGCCGAAUGCCUUCAAUAGACACCCUGAGAGUCAGAAUGUCAUAUCGUGCUUCCGCAGAUGCUGACGAGCCUUUCCGCAACCAGCCAAUUUUCAAGUCUGGCCCUGAUGGUAUCGCAUACACCCGCUUCAUCCAGAUCAUGGCUCAGCUUGGAACGUCACCUAGUCAAUGGUGCGAUAUCUGUGGCCCACCACUAGCUCCCUGGUGCAUAGAUUCUAACUCGGACGACGAUAUCUUGGGCGAUGAUUCUUCCUCGUUGGGCCCGGUUAUAGCAGGCAUCAUCGGCGCAGUCAUCGCAUUCACUGCCGUGGCUCUCGUGGUAGCGUGCUUGUUCGUCUGUGGAGGUCUCCGAAUUCGGCGUAAGCAGGCUCCAGAUGCACCUCCAAGCACUGCUGCCGCCGUAGGAGGCGCUGCGGGAGGUUUUAAAGGACCAGAGAAGAAAGACGGCGACGCAGAUGUGGUUGUGACGAAGCAGGGAGUCCACCAUGAACGUGUUGGCAGCUGGGAACUCCGAAGUCCGAAUGAGAUACCCUCUCAGCCACAAAUGUCUGGUGUUAUAACCAAAGAUUUCGACGCACCUCGACAUCGACCAAUGGACGACAGUGACGACGAUAUCAGCGUCAUUGGAGCAGCACCAGUCAAUGCGCGGGAGAGUAUUUGA